AUGGAGCACUUCACCAAAAUCCUGCUUCUGUGCUUAGCACUUGCCCCCACGAAUGGAGCACCUACGCACCCACAUGAUGCAGCAGCCGACAAUGGAGAUACCCAUGCCACUCUGCCAGACCGGUGUGAAGGUAUUGAGUUUGAUGCCAUCAGUCCUGACGAGAAAGGAAUCACCUUCUUCUUCAAAGGUGCUCACUUGUGGAAGGGUUUCCAUGGUCCAGCUCAGCUCUCCAAUGAAUCCUUCAAGGAGCUUGAUGAUAUCCAUCACAUCGGCCAUGUCGACGCUGCCUUCCGCAUGCACAACGCAGACAACCCAGAUGACCACGAUCACAUCUAUUUCUUCCUGGAUGACAAGGUGUUCAGUUAUUACAAUCACACUCUGGAAGACGGGUAUCCAAAAGAGAUCCAGGAGGACUUCCCAGGAGUCCCCACACAUCUGGAUGCUGCUGUGGAGUGUCCCAAAGGAGAGUGCAUGGCCGACUCAGUCCUGUUCUUCAAGGGACAUGAUGUUCACAUUUAUGAUAUUACCACAAAGACAGUGAAGACCAAGACGUGGUCCCACCUGCCUGCCUGCACAUCUGCUUUACGCUGGCUGGAGCACUACUACUGUUUCCAUGGACACAACUUCACCAGGUUCAACCCGGUAUCCGGUGAGGUGAGCGGCACCUACCCAAAGGACGCCCGCAAUUACUUCAUGAAAUGCCCCAAUUUUGGUCAUGGAGGCAAUUCACAAGCCCCGAAAUGCAGCGAUGUUAAAAUAGAUGCCAUCACUACUGAUGAUACAGGCAAAACUUAUUUCUUUGCAGGCCCCAUGUACAUGCGUCUGGACACCCAUCGUGACGGCCUUCACGCCUUCCCAAUCACCAGGGCGUGGCAGGAGGUGACCAGAGGAGUGGACGCUGUCUUUUCCUACACUGACAAAAUCUACCUGAUUAAGAAUGAUCAGGUGUACAUCUAUAAAGCAACUGCUCAUUACACCCUGGUUGAAGGUUACCCUAAAAGCCUGAAGGAGGAGCUCGGAGUUGAAGGACAUGUGGACGCUGCCUUUGUCUGUCCCAAUGGACACACAGUUCAUAUAAUCCAAGGGCAGAUGAUUCGGGAUGUUGACCUGACCACCACACCCAGGGCCGUGACCCGAGAUCUGCCCAUGGCCAUGUCCGACAUUGAUGCUGCUCUGUGCAGUGCAGAGGGAAUUAAUGUGUUCAAGGGCUCGCAAUAUUACCACUACGAGAGCGCCAUGGCUCUGGCUACGAGCAAAUCCAUCCCUGUGGCUCAAAAUAUUAACUCAGCGAUGAUGGGAUGUCAGGAUUAG